GCUAGCUCACACUGCGCAUGCGGUUGUUGGCGAUCGCCUGGGCGAUGGCGGCUUCUUCGAGUGGGGAAAAGGAGAAGGAGCGUCUGGGAGGCGUCUCAGUCAUGGCCGGCGUUGGCAGCACGCGGGAGCGGUUGCUGUCUGCGCUGGAAGAUCUGGAGGUCUUGUCGAGGGAACUUAUAGAGAUGCUGGCAAUUUCAAGAAAUCAGAAGCUGUUACAGCUGGAUGAGGAAAACCAGGUCUUGGAGUUGCUAAUUCACCGAGAUGGGGACUUUCAAGAACUGAUGAAAUUGGCACUUAAUCAGGGAAAGGUCCAUCAUGAAAUGCAGGCUUUAGAAAAAGAAGUCGAGAAGAGAGACAGUGACAUUCAGCAGCUGCAGAAACAGCUAAAGGAGGCGGAGCAGAUCCUGGCAACAGCUGUUUACCAAGCAAAGGAGAAACUCAAGUCAAUAGAGAAAGCAAGAAAAGGUGCUAUCUCCUCGGAAGAAAUCAUUAAAUAUGCACAUAGGAUUAGUGCAAGCAAUGCUGUAUGUGCACCUCUGACUUGGGUUCCAGGAGACCCUCGGAGGCCGUACCCAACUGAUUUAGAGAUGAGAAGUGGAUUGCUGGGUCAGAUGAACAAUCCUUCCACGAGUGGUGUGAAUGGUCAUCUCCCAGGGGAUGCCCUUGCAGCAGGUAGACUGCCAGAUGUCCUUGCUCCACAGUACCCGUGGCAGUCAAAUGACAUGUCCGUGAACAUGCUACCACCAAAUCACAGCAGUGACUUCCUGCUGGAGCCGCCUGGGCACAACAAGGAAAACGAAGAUGAUGUGGAGGUUAUGUCCACAGACUCUUCAAGCAGCAGCAGUGACUCCGACUGAAGAAGGCGUGGCCGCACUGCCCAGACUCCUGAGCUGCAGACCCCAGACUCUACGGAGCAGCCCACUACAAAUCAAAGGGGUGUUCUUCUUAAUGCCCACCCCCCUGGUUUUGUCUCAUCUGCUAGGCAAAUGUGUGAGGAUUAGUCAGCGUUACUACUGGAAGUGAGACUGCAGAAGAAUGACAAAACCUCGUUCGUGGGAAUGACUUGAAAGGGCCCUGAGCCAGGCAUGGCGGCUCAUACCUGUAGUCCCAGCACUUGGAAGACAGGGAUUGCUACGGGAGCGUCAUAGUGAACUCUGAGCCAGCAGGGCCACAGAGCAGCCCUGGCCAGCACAAAGGCAGUGGUGCUCUGAGUGUGGUAUUUCAAAGUGAAAGUACUCACUUGAAGAGAGUCGGCUGCUGUUGCAGCGACAGAACUAUUACUAUUGUGUGGUAAAUACUGUAAUAUGUGUAAAUAAACUUGCUUUUGCUGUA